AUGGCUACGUCUAUACUUGGGGAAGAGCCAAGAUUUGGAACAACUCCCCUGGCCAUGCUGGCUGCGACCUGCAAUAAGAUCGGGAACACCAGCCCUCUGACCACUUUACCCGAGUCCAGCGCCUUCGCCAAGGGAGGCUUUCACCCCUGGAAACGCUCCACCUCCAGCUGUAACCUGGGCUCCAGUCUCUCGGGCUUCACGGUGGCCACUAGCCGGGGCUCCAGCGGACUGGCCAGCGGCACGGGCACCGCCAACAGUGCCUUCUGCCUGGCCUCCACCUCGCCCACCUCCUCGGCCUUCAGCAGCGACUACAGCGGCCUCUUCUCCAACUCGGCGGCGGCGGCGGGCGUGUCCCCGCAGGAGCCCGGCGGCCAGUCGGCCUUCAUCUCCAAAGUGCACAGCUCUGCGGCCGAGAGCCUGUACCCGCGGGUGGGCAUGGCGCACCCCUACGAAUCGUGGUACAAGUCGGGCUUCCACUCCACCCUGGCCGCGGGAGAGGUGGCCAACGGGGCGGCCUCUUCGUGGUGGGACGUGCACACCAACCCGGGCUCCUGGCUGGAGGUGCAGAACCCCGCCGGGGGGCUCCAGAGCUCGCUGCACUCGGGCGCCCCCCAGGCCUCGCUGCACUCCCAGCUGGGCACCUACAACCCCGACUUCAGCUCGCUCACCCACUCCGCCUUCAGCUCCACGGGCCUGGGCUCCACGGCCGCCUCGCAUCUGCUCUCCACCAGCCAGCACCUGCUGACCCAGGAGGGCUUCAAGCCCGUGCUGCCCUCCUACACGGACUCCAGCGCGGCGGUGGCGGCAGCCAGCGCCAUGAUCACGGGCGCCGCGGCCGCCGCGGCCGGGGGAGGCUCAGCCCGCUCCGCCCGCAGGUACUCGGGCCGGGCCACCUGCGACUGCCCCAACUGCCAGGAGGCGGAGAGGCUGGGGCCGGCCGGGGCCAGCCUGCGGCGCAAGGGGCUGCACAGCUGCCACAUCCCGGGCUGCGGCAAAGUCUACGGCAAGACCUCGCACCUGAAGGCGCAUCUGCGCUGGCACACGGGCGAGCGGCCCUUCGUCUGCAACUGGCUCUUCUGCGGCAAGCGCUUCACGCGCUCGGACGAGCUGCAGCGGCACCUGCGGACUCACACGGGCGAGAAGCGCUUCGCCUGCCCCGUGUGCAACAAGCGCUUCAUGCGCAGCGACCACCUGAGCAAACACAUUAAAACGCACAACGGGGGCGGCGGGGGCAAAAAGGGCAGCGACAGCGACACGGACGCCAGCAACCUGGAGACCCCCCGCUCUGAGUCCCCCGACCUCAUCCUGCACGAGGGGGUGACCGCUGCCCGGGGAGGCGGCGGCAAGGAAUCCACCGCGGGGCCAAACGACUCGUAG